CGGAAAAUGGCAACGACUAUGAGUUCACCUGAGGUGGUGAAAUCAGCUAUAACUACAAUAUUAGAAGCAAUAUUUCGCUGUGAUAUAAACUGGGGAAAACUAUUAUCAUUAUUAGCAAUAACAAGUUCAUUUGCCUUGGAGUGUGUUUUACAAGGUCAUGCUGAAUAUGUGGACAAUCUAGUAGAGUGUGUAGUGUAUUUUGUAUCCUAUAAUAUCAAUGAAUGGUUACAGGUACAAGGCGGCUGGGUAGGUAUAUUAUUACUUAUAAGCUAG